CAGAAACCACCAACAACCGCAAAAGUUUGGAACGAGAGCCUCCACUGGGGUAGAUGGCUUAACCCGGGCUGCGGCCUGUCACAGUAGUAGUAGCUAUUUAGUCGUCGAACAGCUUUUAGUUAUUCCAACCAGUUGCUCGGUCGGCAGUGUGACUUGGUGCGACUCCUUCAGUUUUCUCAGCUGUGGUGUGUUUUUCGCAUCUGCAUGUUGUGGCGUAGCAUCAGAAUCGUUGUUAAUUAGUUUGGAUUUUUCGGGAGAAACCUGACGAUCGCGCAUUGCACCUCGGAGAAUGGUUUGAAGUGUGAAGUCCGAGUUGUUCAGAGGUGAUCGGAAACUAGGCUACAGGGUCCCCGGGGUUUCAAGUUGAUCAAGGGGAUUUUUUUCUGCCACCUUAUCCAUGCCAACCAGAAGAUCGUGUUCCGAAGAGGCAAUUGAAGAAACACAGCUCCGGAAACGGUACAAGUUUUUUUCAUUUCUUGUUUUUACUUCGACAACCGUGUGCCUGUCCAGCGAAGUCUUUUGCGAAACGAGAUCCAAAGGAAACGGUCGCGCGCGCUCCUCGUGGUACAAAACAGAAGAUAUGUUAUCUUCAACAGUCGAAUUGCAAUCGUGAUAACAACGUUUAAGAGAAGAGUGACAGAUAAUCAAUAAAGUGAGUGAGGUAAAAAGUGAAGAAAAAAAAGUCGCAACGAAACGUAGCAAAGGAAAAUUGUUACAAAUUCAGAGUGUGUCCCAAGUCUUCGGAGAAAGAGGCCCCAGUGCAUGUGUCUUUGUGCAAAAGCUCCUUGAGGUUUCCUUCGCGGUGGAAAAAGUGUUCGAGAAGGCCUUGCCAGGGAGAAGAGUGACAACGGUAAGAAGAAAAGUGAUUGGCGCAGUGCGUUUCAUGUAUGCGAUCAAGAUCCUCAACAUACUUUGCGACAGCGAAGGAAUGCUUGAUAAAAUAAAAAUAUAAGCAGCAGAAAUAAAUGCCACGGCAAAGAAGAAGAAUAACACACAACCGUGAAGUGCAAGAAGCUUGAAUGAAAACAAGAAAAGAGAGUAUAAAAUAUUUAUAUAAAAAUUAAGCAGAAGAAGCGAAGAGAUAAUCAAAACGCGACAACCAGUUGGAGCAAAACGCGAAAUAGCCAAGAAGAGUACGAAGAAGGAGAAGAAGAAGCAAUCAGCGAUCGAACGAGUGAACAUAGUUGGCUUGGCAAAAGAUAAAACAAACCAACUGCGGGCGCAUUUCCGAGAUCUUAACGGUAGGAUCUUGCUUAAGGUCGCCUUCCUACCCCUCUCCGAUCCCACGAUCCCGAACAAGAGGGGUGAAAUUCGGAUUGCCUGAGCUCGGCCUCGAAGAGAGAUAAUAAAUAUUUUUCUUAGGCUCGUGGUUGUUUCGUGGUAAUGACAACUUGUAAGCGUUUUCGAAUCUUGACCAGUGUCACCUUAAUCGCGCUGAUUAUCAUCAUCUCGCGACGGCAGUGUCAUUGUUGUUGUGUUGGUGGAUCUCUGGUCAGCGAUCAGUGUUAUUGUGCUUGUAGUGGUGAAUGUUGUGACGGGCGUUCGAAUAGCCGUAUGUUGUGCAACGCGAUUUAAGUGGAACGUGCGUAGGUGUUUCGGAAAACCUAGUCCUGAUUGCAGUGUUGUUCAUGCUUCUGGGGGUCUUACGGUCAUCGUAUGUUCUCUUGGUAGUGACCCAAGGCUUUGUAGUUUAGUUUUACACGAAGUGUUGAUUUUCCAAUUGCAUAACUUGAAAAAGCAAACAAAGGAGCAGCGGACAAUACAACUCGGCCUACCGUUUUUUUGAGGAUAUUUCUUGUCAACCGAAAUAAGCUGCAAACACGAACAUGCACGCGUGGCUUUAUGUCCUCGCGGUGCUGGCGAUUCUACAGGGUGUAACGCAAGUCGCUAGCACCGGCGAUCAACCAUCAUCAUCCUCCACCUCCUCCUCUUCCUUCUCCUCAUCGUCGUCGUCGUCAGCAUCCCUCAUUAGCAUCAGCAACAACAGUCCAGAUGAGCAACGAGCACCAGCAGCAGAUCGUAGGCCGUCGUCAAGUGAUGGUAGUGUGGCGAAAAGUGAGUCAACGAUGGACGAAGAUAGUUUAGAACGACCGGCGGCCGGUGAGCUGCACCUGCAGCUAGAUCCGGUCGAAAACGCGGAAGAAGAAGAAGAUGCGGUGGGCGGAGAUAGUGAUAGUGAUAACAGUCUAGAUAUUAGUGAUAACAGAAGCAGUAGCAGUAGCAGUCAUGGUAGUCAUAGUAGUGAUAGUGAUAGCAUUAGCACCAGUAAGCCCGAUCCUGAAACGCUAGUCGAAAUCGAGAAGAAUCUCCUAAGUCUGUUCGGUUUUCCCAAGAGACCAAAAAUUGAUAGAUCUAAGGUGGUGAUACCGGAGGCGAUGAAGCAGCUGUACGCCCAGAUCAUGGGCCACGAUCUGGUCGACUCCGUCAACGUGCCAAAGGAGGGCCUCAACACGCGCAACGCGAACACGGUGCGGAGUUUCACGCACGAAGAAAGCCAUAUAGACGACCGCUUCAAGCAUCACCAUCGCUUCCGGUUGAUGUUCAACGUGUCCAACAUCCCUCGAAGCGAGAAGCUGCGGGCAGCUGAACUCACACUGAACCGUGACGCCAUCGAGGAUCUUCGGGCACGAUCAGUCCAGCAUCAGAUCCUGGUGUACGACAUUGUCCGGCCGGGAGUCAAGGGCAAACGUGCUCCCUCCUUCCUGCUGAUCGAUUCCAAAACCGUGAAAAUAAACGAAACGAGCUCGAUCAGUGUUGACGUUCUGCCGGCCGUCGACCGAUGGCUGCGAUCACCCAAACAGAACCACGGUCUCUUCAUCCAGGUCACCAGCAAGAGCAAGCGAAAACCACAGUCCACGCCAGAACACCACCACGUGCGACUGCGACGAAGUAUAGACGAAAGUCACGACAAGUGGUCCCACAAGCAGCCGCUGCUGUUCACCUACACCGACGAUGGUCGACACAAGCAGCGGCCUAUUCGGGAUGCCAUCAGCAACGCCAACCGAGCCCGGCGGGCGCCAAUGCGAAAUCGACGAAGAAAGAACGGCAGCGAAACCUGCCAGAGGCGACCCCUCUACGUGGACUUCAGCGACGUGGGAUGGAGCGAUUGGAUCGUCGCGCCACCUGGCUACGAAGCGUACUACUGUCACGGAGACUGUCAGUUUCCCAUCGCUGACCAUCUCAACACGACGAAUCACGCGAUCGUGCAAACGUUGGUCAACUCGAUCAACCCCAGCCUGGCACCGAAGGCGUGCUGCGUCCCCACGCAGCUCUCGUCCAUCUCGAUGCUCUACCUGAACGAGCAGAACAAGGUCGUCCUGAAGAACUACCAGGACAUGACUGUAGUCGGAUGCGGAUGUCGUUGAACCACAUCUCACAUUGUACAUUUCACAAAAACCCCUGUAUUAUAGCAACGUAUCCUCUUAAAGAAGAUACCGACAAAGUAUAUAGAUAUACAAACUAGAUUCGAUGUUGAACCGGCCGGGCCGUAGCUUACACAACUCAACCUUCUUAUCUAAUGUCAUGUAAAUUUUUCUACUUAUAAGUGAACAAAGAGGUUAGGAAACGAUCGAAGUCGACUGAGUCAAAUGCGUGGAAUCAAAUGAAUGGAUUGAAUGAACGCGUAGAUGCAUGCAUGUGUUGAACGAUUCGGGAAUCCCGCCCGAGAUAGGUGUUAGGCUCCGUAAGCUCUAGGAAACAACCCCAGUGUUGAGAUAUAGAAGGGAACAUACAAAUUGUACAAACAACCAAUCCAAUGUGUGUAUUGCUAGACGAGUGCACGCUUGAUCGGAAAUUGCCACCACUGCGUUGUAACAAAGCCUCCAUGAUGCAACCAGAGAAGGCAGUCCGUGUUAGCCAGAACUCGCAAGCAGAUAGGCAAAGAAACCUGUUUUGUAAAUACGUCUAAUUUAAACCCGCUAGCUAAUACAUAUAUUUAACUGCGACCCAAGCUACCACUGUAUAAAUUGAAAAAGCUACCCCCGAGACACUUACCUUACACACGACGAAUGAAUCACUCUUACCGACCUUUGUGAAGCAGCAACAGCCAGCGGGAUAGGAUUGUGUAAAUUUUUACUCAUAGCCAGCCAGGAGAGCAACUCAGCAGUGCGAAAGAUGGUUGUUUUAUAAUGUAAACGAACAAUAUUUGUUGAAGCAUUAUGUUUUAUUUAUUUACGGUACAGUUAGACAGAGGGCAUAUCCUAGAACGUUGUUUUGACUAGGUUUUAUUGGAGUCGAUUGAGGAUAAUGGAGCAAGUCAAUUUUUGUUGUAAAAAAGAGAAUGAUUGAUAGGGAAACACGGACACCCACACACGCGAGGACAGAAAGAAAAACUUUGUAUUCUAGACGCGAUGCAAGUCCAUUGUUUCAUUGUAAAUUUGUGUAAUAUACUAGUACCUGUAUUUGAGGAAAGUAUUUAUUUAAUAAAUGGCCGAAAAUUGAGAGAGGAAUAAAAUUUGUAAAAUCCGUA